AUGGCUAUACAUGCGUUAGUCUCUGACACUUUGGAAGAAGUGACGGAUCCAAGCGAUUGGUCCGAAUGCAAAUAUCCAGAGCUUGCAGACUUGGAUUCGUAUUUGAGAUGUCAAAUAUGUAAGGAUUUGUUAAAGGCACCGGUACUCACAACCUGCGGACAUACAUUUUGCUCCAUAUGUAUAAGAAGAUCAAUUACAGAAUCUAAUAAAUGUCCUGCGUGUUUGGAAGAGACUUAUGAAAGCGGAUUAAGGAAGGUUUUACUUCUGGACAAUAUAGUAAAAUGGUUCAGCCAACACAGAAAGGAGCUACUAAAUAAAUUGCAACCGGAACAUAUAAAUGAUUCGCAGGAGCAAGAGAAUUCUGAUAUAAACGAAAGCUCAUAUAUUGUAACAAAUAACUCAAAGGGAAAUGAGAACCAGAGCACAACCAAUUUUUUAAUACCGAGAGAUGUAUCAAAUGUGUUGAUCUCCAAUGAAAUAAACUCUGAUCCUCCAAAUGAGAAAAGUGAAAAAGAGAUUUUAGCAGAAUGUCCAAUAUGUGGUGUAUUCAAACCACUGAGUGAAAUACAAGGUUCCCAUAUUGAUAAAUGCUUAACUUCUGGACAUCGCGAUAAAAGCCCGAAUUUGAGUCUAAACCAGCCCCAACCUAGUAGUCCAAAAGGCACUCGAUCCAAAACUUUACACAACUUCUUUGAUAAGUCUGAUAAAAGCAAAAAUGGAGGUAGUUUGCAGCUACAGCCACACUUUUUGAAGAGCAAGCAGAGACUCGCAAAUUUGGAUACAUCGAUUUCAACAUCGAAACUGAAGGAAAAGUUAAAUUCUCUGCAUUUAUCCUCCAGCGGUACUAGGAAUCAAAUGGAGCAACGAAUGAAAGAGUACAUUAAUUUAUACAACGCAAACCUCGAUUCCAUAAAUCCUGUAAGUGACAGGGUUGUGGUAGAUCGCUUACAGAAGUGGGAGGCUUUGAUCAAUAAUAAACCAAACAAUGGAGGAUUGUACAAUAGCAACAACACUAGUAAUGCUCGAAAUACGAGUUCACCUCCGGUGAAUUAUGACGAGCCAACAAUAAAACGACAGAAAAUACAGCACGAUGAGUGGAACAACAAAAACAACGAUCAGUAUCUAGAGUUGAUCAAGAAAGCUCGGGCCAACAUGAAAAAGCAGAAUAAGGAUAAGCCCAGCACGAACAAUGACGGUAAGUCAAAAGCUGAGAGCUUUUCCGAUGAUGAUUCUGAACUACUGUUGUGA